AUGAUCAAAAAUCCUCAAGGAAAUCUCAUAGCCCAGAAUACAAUCCUUGGCUGGAUUUUGUCCGGAAGAGUGUCGCAAGACUUAGUCAGUGAGAGAGAGAAAGUUAUAAGUAUGCAUGUUAAUGUUAGAGAACAUGACUUAUUGAAACAAUUUUGGGAGAUAGAAAAUGAGCCGAAUAGUCUGGAGAAAAGGUUAACUAAAACAGAAAUUUACUGUGAAGAGUUUUAUAACAGAACUACAAAGAGAAAUAAGGAUGGUAGAUUUGUUGUGAGGUUACCGUUCGCUGAAGAAGAUCCAAAAUGUCAAUAUGGCAAGUCAAGAGAAAUUGCGUUAAGAAGAUUCCUGUAUUUAGAAAAGAGAUUGUUGAAGAAUGAUAAGUUGUACAAUGAUUAUAGGAAAGUCAUGGAAGAGUAUUUAGCCUUGAAUCAUAUGUCACGGGUAGAUAGUGAAGAUCUUAAUAACCCAAACGCGGUCUAUCUUUCUCAUCAUGCGGUUGUACGUGAAGAUAAAGAGACAACGAAAAUUCGAGUUGUUUUUAAUGCAUCUUCGAAAGGAAUCAACAAUGUAUCAUUAAAUGACGAUCUUUUGAUUGGACCAAAGCUGCAGCAAGAUUUGAGACAUAUUCUGUUGAGAUGGAGGAAGCAUCGAAUUUGUAUAGUGGCUGAUUUAGUUAAAAUGUAUAGGCAGGAGGAGGAGGAGAAGUUGCCUUCGAGAGAGCGCUCCGUAGCCGUGCCUUUAAAAAGGCACCAACCGAAAGAAAGGACGCAGUAG